AUGAGGGGACCAAGCAUUACGCACUUAUUCUUUGCAGAUGAUUCCCUAAUCUUCUGCAAAGCAAACCAGCAACAAGCAACAGAACUUAUGAGGGUGCUGCAAGUGUAUGCCACUGGAUCAGGUCAACUGAUAAAUCUCGACAAGUCCUCCAUCCUGUUCAACAAAAAUGUGAGUCCAGUAGAGAAGCAAGAGAUCUGCCAGAUCAUGGGGAACAUGCAACAGGUCAGUCAAGGCAAGUACCUGGGCCUGCCAAUGGUGGUCACAAGAACAAAGGAACAGAUCUUUGGCUUCAUACGAACUAACAUACAGCAAAGGCUCCUCAAGUGGAAAAACAGACUUCUUAGUGCAGCUGGAAAGGAGAUAAUGCUCAAGUCGGUGUCCAUGGCUAUGCCCACAUAUACCAUGUCGUGCUUCAAAGUACCAAAAAGAUUGUGCAAAGAUAUCAGCUCCAUUAUCAGCUCCAUUGGGGAGAAGUAA